AUGACCAUCACACAUAUAACCUCUACGUCGCAGCUUGACGGAAUCUUGUCGAAGGGGGACAAGCUCUCCGUCAUCGACUUUCACGCAACUUGGUGUGGUCCAUGCCAUAUGAUCGCCCCCCACUUUGAGGCCCUGAGCAAGCAGUACACUGGAGUCAACUUUCUGAAGUGCGAUGUCGACGCUGCUCGGGAUGUCGCAAGCCGCUAUGCUGUCUCUGCCAUGCCUACAUUCAUCUUCCUGAAGGGCUCGAAGAAGGUGGAUCAGGUCCGUGGGGCCGACAAAGCUGGGAUUGAACGUGCUCUCCGCACACACGCAGGCUCGUCCGGAUCAUCCGACUCGUCAACUUCUGCCUUCUCCGGGAAGGGACAAACGCUCGGUGGUGGGAGCUCCAACUCGACCAGCGCGCCUGCCAUGCCCGACGUGAGCAACGUCAGCCCGCAAGUCAAGAUACUUGCAGCGCUCGUCGGAGCAUACUUCUUUUUCCUGUGGAUCAGUGGCUGA